GGUGGCGGAAAUACGUCAGUUACGUGGCUUCUCAGAGGCUUGUCUGCCUCUUAAUUUCGGAUCAAGGGAUCGAGAUGGAGGGAGAUUUUCAUCAUCGCUGUCGCUUUAAGGACACUUAUCACAGCCCGAUUAUGCGAGGAGACAACACCGGGAGCCGCUGAGCUGGAGUGGAUGUAAGAGAGGGAGAAGCCACCGUCGGGAUCCAGGCUGGAGUUUGGAUGCCUGUCGGAUCGUUGAGGGAAAUAUCGCGGACAAGCGGCAGCAGCAGCAGCAGCAGGACUUCCUUCUCCACGGACGCACGCGGAGGAAUACGUCCCCAAACUCGGAUUAUUCACUCCACACGGCGGCUCGAGUUGCUCGGUGUUCGGUUCGGCUCGGAUAGAGUGUGUGUGUUUGACAGGCUCGGAUCAUGGAGCCGGAAAAAAACAACAGCGGCCAGCGACAUGAUUCCUUUGCGGCACGUCGCGAGCGAAGCGUCGCCACGGAAAAGUUCCAAAGCGAGUGUGUAAUGCGUGGAUUUUAACUGCUCCGCUCGUUUGCACCUGCUUUGACGGAAACCGCGUCGACGUUAUCGUGACGGGGAAUUAAAUAAAUAAACAGCGCGCGCGCGCGCGGUGCGUGCGAGGGGCUUCGCUUAUCGCCGUGGCUACUGAGUGGGUGUACAGUCAAGGUCAUAUGUGGGGGGCUAUUUGUUUUAAACACGCACACAGCCGGAGCCAGGAUCCGCCGGGGUUUAUUGGCUGAAUCGCUCGCUCGUUCGCUCGCUGCUGCGGCCGUUUAGGUGGCCACGAACCGGAGAGAGUUGUCUGGAUAUUCUCCAAACAUGGAUGGUAAACUGAAGCCGGGUCGGAGAUGCAAGUCCAAAAGAGAGAGGGUGCGGAGGUUGCGAGACGUCCGCAGCCCCGACCCCAACUCCUCCUGCUCCGACAGGGAGGGACACAGUCCGGGGAGGGACGCCGGUAAAAAGGCGCAGCGCCCGGCUGCCGCGGCCAGAGCACCGCGUGGCCCCCGGAGGAAGAGGCGCGAGUCCAGCUCGCAGGAGGAGGACAUCAUUGAUGGAUUCUCCAUAGCCAGCUUCACCAGCCUGGACCGUCUGGAGAAAAAGUCUGGACUUGUGCCUACGCUGGAGAAGAAAGAGCGGUGGAAGGAGAAAAAAGCGGCAAAGCGGCAGAAAAAAGAAGAAGAGAAAGCAGAGGUGGAAGAGGAGGAAAAUGUCCAACCCAUCGUGGAUCCUUUGGAGAACGGCUUUCUUCACCACGCCCAGCGCGAGCAGGAGAGGAUGAACGAGCGACUCCUGAAGAGGACCUACUCAAAGAAGAACAAGCUGAUCAAACCGUUGAUGUUGCGUCCUGUCAAAGUCAGCAAGGAGGAAACUGCAGCGGAGCUAAACCUACAGCACCGAAGCAAGGAGCAGCUCAACGAGAGUUCCACUCACUCGCUGUCAGGCCGCGGGUACUCGGUGCAGCCAGCAGCAGUAGCUGUUCUCAAGUGUGACAGCGACAGUGACAUUGACGACAAGGUAACAGAUGUAGGAUCAGACCCGCUCUUCUCUUCAACCACACCCAAAGGUGUGUCGACGAAUGAAAGUCCAGAGUCGAAGACUUACAGCUCUGCUAAAGCGUCGGGGCUUCACCGGCUCCAGGAGCAGAGCAUCAGUGAGCUUCCCUUCGCGCCCCCUCUGCCCAGCCCCACCCCGGCCUCUGCGCCCACGGGCUCCCCGGCCCCCGCUGCAGCCGCAGCUCCCUCCGAGCCUCUGCGGUCGCGCCUGCCCAGCCCGCCGCCUCUAAGUGUCAAGAAGGAGCAUCAACUUCCGCCCCCUGUCCCCUCCCCUUCCCUGCUGAGGGCCCCACCCCAGCUCCACCCUCCUCACCCACAUGUGCACCAGGAGCCUUACCUUCACGCAGCUCCCCAGCACCAUGCCCGGCCUGUGAUCAACCAGCACCUGCAUCACCCGCUGCAGUACAACAGCCUGCACGACAUCAGCCACAGCAGCAGUCCCGUUCUCCCCAAGAGUCACUUGCCCCCGUCCCCUCACCACCAUCACCACCACCUCAGCGGGCUUCCCUCCACGGCCCCAGCCUUGCCGCUGUCCAUAGCCAACCUCUCUACCUCGCACUAUUCCUCCCUACGGAGUACAGCCCAUCGCCAUCCGGCCAUGUUUGCAACCCCAGCCACACUACCGCCACCACCGACCUUACCGACCAACAGUUUAGUGGUGCCAGGGCACCCUGCUGGCACACCGUACCCAGAGCAUGACCUCCUGAGGCAGGAGUUGAACAACCGCUUCCUGGUUCAGAGUUCGGAGCGGGGCAGGGCGCCGUCCGCCUCGCCGCUGGCCCCCGUUUCGCUAUUGAGGGCCGAGUUUCACCAACAUCAGCACAUGCAUCAGCACCAACACACCCACCAGCACACCUUCACGCCUUUCCCCGCCAGUCUGCCCCCGGCUGCCAUCCUCACCCCGCCCACCGCACCCCCCAUGGUGCGUACGCAAGCCAGAAAUUUCGACAAAUACACACCCAAGCUGGACAAUCCGUUCAUCAGACACCAUGCGAACUUCUUUCCCUCCUACCCCCCCACCAUGCCAGGCAUGCCCCCGCUGCUCCCACACUCAGGACCCUUCAGCUCGCUGCAAGGAGCCUUCCAGCCCAAGGCGUCCAACCCUAUCGACGUAGCAGCCCGUCCUGGAGCAGUACCUCACACACUCCUGCAGAAGGAUCCACGGAUAACUGAUCCGUUCAGGACAUCCGUCAGGAAACCCGGCAAGUGGUGCGCUGUGCAUGUCCAGAUCGCAUGGCAGAUCUACCACCACCAGCAGAAAAUGAAGCAAAUGCAGCUGGAUCCUCACAAACUGGACAUGAACGGGAAGCUGGAUCUGUUCAGUCGCCCCCCAGCACCCGGAGUCUUCCCAGGGUUCCCGUACCCUCAUGACCUGGCACGACCCCUCUUCUCCUCCACAGGAUCUGGCCAUCCUCCUCCCUCUCCGUACGGCCCCACCCCUCACCCGAGCGGCUUCCUGCCUCCAAGCCAUUUGGCAGGUAAGUAUCCUUUCAGUCGCUCCAGUUCCUUUGGCGGCCUCGGCAACCUUUCAAGCAGUGCCUUCGGAGGAUUAGGCAACCCCUCGCUUGGGUCCAACAGUGUCUUUGGCGCCAAAGAAGGUCCAGGAGGACUGCCCCCAUUCGGCAGCCCUCACCACGACUCCUGGAACAGGCUACGACGCACGCCACCAUCAUUCCCAACCCCGCCACAGUGGCCCAAGAGCGCUGACACGGAGCGAAGCAGCUCAGUCAACAGCAAUGAGAGGGAGCGAGAGAGGGAAAGGGAGAGAGAACGAGAGCGUGAAAGAGAAAGGGAGAAAAGAGAUUCGUCCAUUGGAAAGGAGGAGAAGGACAAAGACCGGGAUUCUGUGGACCGUAACCGCCACUCCAACCGCUCGUCUCCAGCUUCUGCACCAGUCAGCUACCAAAUUAGCAGCCUGAUUCGAUCAAAUAGCCAGAACUCAAGCGACUCGGGUCGACACCACAGUGGAAGUGUGGAUCGUGUCCGCGAGGCUGAAAAGGAGCUGCUGGAGCGCCAUAGAGACUCUUCCAUCUUGUCAGAUAUCAAAGUCAAGGAGAGCCGCUCGCCCAGCAAGGAGCUGCUGGAGAGGCGGUCGUCCGAAGACUCUAUUAAAAGUAUCCAGCGCUCUCCAUCUCCGUACUCAAAGAACCUGAUCAAUGAGCAAAGCAUGAAGAUGCCGGGUGGGCCACCGCCUACACUCAAAGAUAGUGAGAGGAAAGAGCCUCCGCCUGAGUUACUUCACAAGGUCAAAAAUGACAUGAAGAUUAAGGAGGAGAGGAAGGAGGAGCAGGAGGUGAUGGUGGUCAGUUCUGAGCCGCCCCCACAGCCUCCAGUACAAACACAUCCUGUUCCCGUCUCUCAACCUGGAAACCCUCACCACCACCAUCCGCCUUUGUCACAGCAGCCUCCUCUCCCCUCGCCACGUGGGAGCGACAUCCCUGGUCCUGGUCUCCAUGGCGUUCCCAUGGCCCACUCACUGCCUCUCUCCAUGAGUGCCAUGCCCCAAAUGGGGAGCCUAAAUGUACUUGAUCGAGCUCGCAUGGCUCCCUUCAUGGGAGUGAGCCCGCUGGCUGGGAGAGAACGUCUUCCCCACCCGGCAUUUCCCUGGGAUCCACUACGUGAGGCGUACCGCAGCCUGGACCUUCAAAGGCGCAUGGACUUUCAGCUCAGGGCUGAGCAAGGACAUCGCUUCCCAAGUGUAUACGAACAGGAGCGGGCGUACAGAGAACGGGAGGCCCACGACUACUCCCACCAUGAGCACCUAUUAGAGGUACGCCGAGAGCACGAGAGGAUGAGGCAGCAGGCGGAGGAGCGGGAGCGUCUGCACCUUAGAGAGGAGCUGGACAGAGCCCGUCUCCAUCAGCUUCACCAGUCGCCAAUGGAGGGUCACCUUCCACACAUGCCCCCAUUUAUGCCCCAUUUAGGUGGCAUGCCCUACCCCAGACUCAGCCCAUCGACAGGGCACAACGGCCUUCUUAAUAGGACACCUCCUACCGCUGCCCUCAGUGCCCCCCCACCUCUUGUGCCAGCCGGCAGCACCAGGCCUGUCUCCCCAAGGAGGACUACACCCCUUACCAACACCCAGGAUGCACGGGACUACUCCCCGUCUCGCAAUCCGAAAGAGGUAGAGGCGCGGUAGCUGUCUGGAAAGUGACUCCCCCCCCCAAUAUGAAUUCAUCUUGUAAACAGAAUGCACUGCUCCUCAUUCCCCCUGCAGCCGAAGGGUUUGAUUGUACAAAGUGAAAGAACAUACUGCUCUUUAAGCACAUGCCAUUGAAUUGUUUUCAGGGGACUGAAGGUUUGAGCAAUGUCAAAAACACACACGUGUAUGUUUAUAACGGAAUAUUUGAUAAUUAUUAAUAUAUUAACCAGUCCUUUUUCAGCUUUGUGCAGAAGGAGAGGUGUAAAAAAAAAAAGGAACAUUUGUACAUUUGCGAUCCCGGGUCCGUGUAAAGACGUCAGUUCUCUGAUUUUCCUCAGUAUUUCUCUGCUUUAGUCACAACAUUCGUCCAGAUGAAUUGUGAGACAAAUCCGUUACGGGCCACUGUAAAGACUGGAAUUUGGUUUCAUUAAACCUCACGACACCAGAUGUCCUCAUUAAUGUACGACGUUACAUUGCCAAUUUGUUUUGAAUGGUUUUGCCUCUGAGAUAUGCAGACAGAUAUAUACAUAUAUAUAUAUACUGGGGUCCUCGUUCAUACUGUGUCAAGGCAAUUCAUGUAAAUAACAUGUGGAUAUCUCUGCGCUGCGAACAAUUGCUGUGUACAUUUAUUAGGCUUUUUAACCAUUUCUAAAAAAAAUGACAUAAAAUUCUCCUUGGAAAAUUAAUGACGUCAUCCAAUGGAUUAAAAGUAUGGAGGGAGGGUGUUAUAUGGGAGCCUGGAAGGAUAAUCUGCAAUCUAUGCAACGUGUUCACGGGGCACCCUCCUGGAUGAGACCCACCAAGGCAGUGGAUUAUUUAAAACAUGGACUCGCUCAUAUUGAAGUCAGCGUGAUGGCAAGAUUCUUGAAGACUUCCAAGUCAAAAACUGGACCGGCCCAGACAGACAAGAUGGACACUUGAAACGUGCAAACAAUAGGACUUUCUCUGUCAAACUUGUGGUUAUGUGCAGUUGUUUUUCUUAGGCUCUUGUAUACAAAAGAAGUAGAGUUUUAGGUGUGCAAAAAAUGAAAAUGAACAUUCAUGGUUUAAAAUGUAUGGAAUAAAGUUUGGACCUAAUGUCAAA